UAUAGCAAAGCUAUUUAUAAUGGUCCCCAGAGGGGAGAGGCGAUCCAGAGACACCUGCAACAUGGGAACUUCAGAGCAGCUGUAAAGGAUAUAAAAAAGGUUUCUACAGCUGCUGUGAAUCCCUGCAUGUGGCACUGUGAAAGCUAGCCAGCGAGGACGAAUUUUACUGCGUUGAAAAAGACUUUUCACGACUGGAAAGAGUUUAAUUCCUCCUGACCUGAAAAUGAAGCUGUCCAAGCGUCCCAUGGAUCAGCAGAGCAGUGACGAGGAUGCAGACACUGACUUUGACACCCAGAUCAUCAUCCAGCAAAGUUUGCUGGAUGCGUACAAGCCAGAACUAACUGGACGAACUCCGGAAGAUGAGAGAUCCCAGUCUUUUUCAAGUGAGGACUAUAAGAAGAUAGUUGAAGCAAUCGAGACAGGUAAGGAAGACGCAUUGGCAAGCUUUGCCAAGUACCAUCCCGCCUUUGAUGAAGCCAACGGGAGUGGCUGGCUUCCUCUGCACAAGGCGGCAGUGCAGUUAAACAAGAACAUCUUAGAAAUAACCCUGAAUGCUUCCAAACCCAGUGCGUGGGAACAAACCACCCGUAACGGCGAAACACCACUGUUUUUGGCUGUCAGCAGUAGCCUCUUGGAAAACGCCCAUUUUCUCCUUCUCAAUGGCUGCGAUCCAAAUGCUAAGAAUUUUGAAGGCAAUUCUCCUCUUCUUACAGAGCUGAGGACCAAACCCAGGGCCUUGCACUUACUAGCUGUUCUGAAAGACUCCUACGACAUGGCCACCUUGCUGAUCAAUCACGGAGCGAAUGUCAAUCUUCGGUGUGCCAAUGAGAGGACAGCUCUCCAUGAAGCUGCCAAGCUAGGCAGACAGGACAUGGUGAAGCUGAUGCUGAGCUCUGGAGCAAACCCAGAUGCACGGAGCUCCUACGGAUUCACACCUCUUGCCCUCGCUGCUCAAGGCGGACACACUGAAACCAUGCAACUACUACUGCAGAAAGGAGCUGACGUUCACAGUCAGGCCUCUGACUCCUCCUCCGUUCUACUCGAAGCUGUUAGAGGAGGGGAUCCUGACUCUGUGAGUCUCUUGCUAGAGUAUGGAGCUGAUGCCAACAUCCCUAAAAGUUCAGGCCACCUGCCCAUCCACGUGGCAGCUGACAAAGGCCACUUCUUAGCUCUAAAGGUAUUGGUCCCAGUCACAGACAUAGCAGCCAUCAAGAGGAGUGGAAUCAGCCCGCUUCACUGUGCAGCAGCUGGGGCGCACCCCCAAUGCCUGGACCUUCUCAUUCGGGCUGGAUUUGAUGUGAAUUUCAUGCUGGAUCAGAGAGUCCGUAAACAUUAUGACGAUCAAAGGAAGUCAGCCUUGUAUUUUGCUGUUUCAAAUGGUGACCUCUCUUCAGUUAAGCUGCUUCUGAGUGCUGGGGCUCUACCCAAUCAAGACCCAGUCAACUGCCUACAGAUAGCUCUCAGGAUGGGCAACUAUGAGCUCAUAAACCUAUUACUGAGGCAUGGGGCCAACGUCAACUACUUCUGCCGAGUUAACCCUCUGCAUUUCCCAUCAGCACUGCAAUACACAUUGAAAGAUGAAGUCAUGCUCAGGAUGCUGUUGAACUAUGGCUAUGACACUGAGCGAUGCUUUGACUGUCCUCACGGGGAAAGGGUUCAUCGUUGUUGUACUUUUGAAGGCUGGACAUCUACCGUUAUUAAAGAUACUAUGUUUUGUGAAGUCAUAACUUUGUCAUGGCUACAGCACCUCUCAGGAAAAGUCGUUCGUGUGAUGCUUGAUUAUGUUGACCAAGUUCAAAUCUGUUCAAAAUUGAAAGCCGUGCUCGAAAAACAAAAGCUCUGGCCAGAAAUACAUGUUAUCUUGACAAACCCCCGUUCUCUACAACACUUAUGCCGCCUCAAGAUCCGGAAGUGCAUGGGACGGUUACGCCUGCGCUGCCCGGUCUUCAUGUCGUUUCUUCCGCUGCCCAAUCUCUUAAAAGCUUACGUCCUUUACAAGGAGUAUGACCUUUAUGGUCAAGGAAGCUCUACAGGCACACGGUAAACUGGGCUCUGCUGGACGGAGAGGAACGACUGCAACUGAAACUGCUCCCUACACACACCUACUGAGACUGCCUACCCCACCUCCAGGGCUGUACAGAAGGAAAUCUGAGUUUGGGGGUCGCUGUGUACUAGCAGUUGGGCGCCUCCAUCAGAAAGAGAACAUCCAAGCUUCUCUGUGAGUGCUGUCUGUCUUCAGCAUCUAGUCUUUCUUCAUUUCCUGUCGCCCCAGUCAGGUUUCCAGAACCAACCUGUGCUGAAUGCUGUGUGCAUGCACAUGUUUAUGUGUAUGUAUGUAUGCAUGUGCAUGUGUACACAUAAUCAUCACACUCUUGCUAAUACCUAAUAACUAUUUCUCCUUCCCACAGACAAUGACAUCUACUUAAAGUCUCUCAAAAGACCUUCUUAUGCAGACAGAACCCUACUUGGUAUAUGAGAAUCCUGGUUUGUUGCUUUAAGAGCAAGUUAUAGGAUAGGCCACAGUGGCUUCUACACAAUUUGGAUGUCAGCUCUUUCCUGCUAUGCAAUGAAUCAACAAGCAGAAAUGGACUUCCAUUUGGAAAUUAAAAUCUGAAAGUCACUGCUCAAUUAGCCAUCAUCAAUCCCACAUGAAGGGACUACAUACAUACCUUCUCGAUCUCUUUCUGUUUGCUGAGUUCUUUCUGUUGUUUCUCUUUUACUCUCUCUAUUUCCUUUUGUUUUUCUGAUGCCCUACGAUCCUAAAAGGGGAGGAGGUAAAUAAAACAAAUAUGAUAAAUAGUAACUUUAAAUUUUACACAUUUCAAUUAAUGAGUUUUGUAACUUUUCAGUACUUUUACUAGGCAUACCAUUUUCAUUCUACAACACACAUUAGUCCAGAUUUUUUUUUGUUUGGUUGAGGCUUGUUUGUUUUUUUGUUUUUGUUUUGGUUUGGUUUUUUCGAGACAGGUCUCUCUGUAUAGCCCUGGCUGUCCUGGAACUCGCUCUGUAGACAAGACUGCCCUUGAACACAGAGAUCCACCUGCCUCUGCCUCCCAAGUGCUGGGAUUACAGGUGUACACACUGCCUGGCUCCAGAUUCUCAGUGCUAUGCAAGCAAUAGCACCUACUUAAAUCUUCUUUACAAAACAAUUUUAUUCACUGCUAUUAUGAAAGCUUUUUUUUUCUUUUUCUUUUUUUCAGAGCUGGAAACCGAACCCAGGGCCUUGCACUUGCUAGGCAAGCGCUCUACCACUGAGCUAAAUCCUCAACCCCAUGAAAGCUUUUAUUACAGUGCUUUAGCGUAGACAUUCUUGGAAAUUAAGUGGCUUUGAUUCUUACCAGUUCAGCAUGCAAAGCUAUCUGUUUUGCCAAUCCAACAGAAUCACAAAUCUAAAAGGAGGAAAAGUAAAACCUUUAUAUUUAACUAAAUACUUUUAUAUACACUACAAAUUUUAAAUACCCAAAUGGAUAACAUAACUAGUUUUAUAAGACAAUAUACUGUUUCAAAUAAGAAUUAGUUUAAUAUUUCAACCCCAAAGAAUCUCAGCAUGUUUCUUUCAGAAUCGAUGACCUUGUACUGCUGCUGGCUUUUCUCCC